GAGCCGUGGGUCCUUGAGGGAGACGGGGUUGGGAAUCCUGAAGCCUGGAUUUGGGGGGCAGGGUGGAGGGGGGCAAGGCAGGAAGCAAAAACCUUGAAGAAAAGAGCACACAGGUCCUUAGUGGCGAGAGGACUCUCUGACAAGUGAAAUGGGAUUUUGAGGACCACAAUGUGGGGCUGGAGGAGUGGGUCUCUGGUGGGGGUCGGGUGAUUAUCCCUCUGGCCUAGGCAACUACCAUCUGGGUGGUGGCCGGAAACUCCGCUGAGGGCUGAGGUUUUCUCCUGAAACACUAAAUUAAUACUUGCCUGGGGUAGCAGUGACAACUCCAGGCCUAAAGCCACCCUUGCUCGCAAGCCCCGCCCUUCCCCAUGUGGCUCCACCUCCCGCUCUGGGGGGCCACACUCCUCUCCUGGACCUUGGGGACCGCCCCCGUCUCCAGGCACUGCGGCUUUCUGGAGUACUGGGACUCGAAAUGCGGAUGCUGCAGACGAUGUCUGGAGCGCUUCGGCCCGCCUAGCUGCCCAGAUUACGAGUUCACCCGCCAUUGUGGGCUCAGCGACCGCGGAGACCACCUGGAUUUCCCAUUUGCUCGGUGCCCACCUGGGCUAUGCAACAAGGACAGGGCCGAGCAGUGCAGUCAGUGCCUGGACCAUCCUCAGCCCCCAUCUCUGCCCCAUCCCAACCCCCAGCAGCCCGAAACAGUCGCUCCCAAGCCCUCUGUCCUCUGGAAUCGGUGCCUUUUGGAAAAUGUAACAAUAUCCACAAAAUCCGCGUCUGCAAGCCUUGGCAGCCCAGGACCAAGUGAUGAGCCUCCUAUAUCCCCAAGACCCUGGGCGCCUCAACAACGGAGCAUGGCCUGGUAUGUGGUGGGCAUUACCGCCCUUCUGGCAGGAGGCCUGCUUGUUUCAGUGGCCUUACAGACAUUGUUGGGGAGGGCUGAAAACGAGGAGAAGGUGGCAGAAGCCGGGGAAGCCUGCAAGUUCUUCCCCCUAACUGAGGGGCCUGUGCCCCCCACCUUGGCACACCAGCCCCUCUCACGACUUCUGGAUGAGCUGGAGGUGUUGGAGGAGCUGGUUGUCCUGCUGGACCCUGAACCGGGGCUCCGCGGGGGCUCUGUGUGGGGAACCACCCGCCACCUGGCUGCCCGUUAUGGUCUCCCAGCCUCCUGGACCACCUUUGCCUACUCUCUGCGGCCUGCGCACUCCCCACUUCGUGCCCUGCUGGAGACGGUGACAGCUCGGGAUCCCGCUGCCCCGCUGGGCCAGCUGGCCGACCACCUGAGCCAGCUGGGGCGUGGCGAUGCGCUGGCUGUGCUGCAUAAGCUCAGAUGCUGAAACUAAGGAGGCCCACAGGGCUUAGGACCUCUCAGACCUCACACAACUGCUCAGGGCUUCUGCAAAAAGUGUGAUAAAACUGAACAAAACAGACUUCCACCCCAAGCAAAGGAGGUACCAUCAGCCCCACAGACUCAGAGGCUAUGGAUCCAAACAUUGACGAACUUUAUUGUGGGGGGGAGUCCCCCCUGGGACCCCACCUUUUAAAUAAAAAAAGUGCAUAGAAAA